AUGAACAACGGCACAGUGGGAGCUCCGAGGAAUCACAGCAACUAUGUGAUUCCCGGUCUGUAUGACCUCUCCGUGGAGGACACCAACUGGGUCCUCACCUCCUCCUUCAUCAUCUUCACCAUGCAAACGGGAUUCGGUAUGCUGGAGUCUGGUUGUGUGAGCAUCAAGAACGAGGUGAACAUUAUGAUGAAGAACGUGAUUGACAUUGUUCUGGGCGGAUUUACUUACUGGCUCUUUGGCUACGGAAUGAGCUUCGGCCGCGGUCCACUCUCCAAUCCAUUCAUCGCCAUUGGGGACUUCAUGCUAGAUCCGCCGGUGGGCGAUGCCCUGAUGGGACAGAUCUUUGCCGCCUUCCUGUUCCAACUGUCGUUUGCCACCACGGCCACAACGAUUGUCAGCGGCGCCAUGGCUGAACGUUGCAACUUCAAGGCAUACUGCCUGUUCUCCUUCCUGAACACCGUUGUGUACUGCAUUCCCGCUGGUUGGGUGUGGGGCGAGCACGGAUUCCUCAACAAGCUGGGCGCUGUGGAUAUCGCCGGCAGUGGACCAGUGCAUCUGAUUGGAGGCGCAUCCGCCUUCGCCUCGGCCGCCAUGUUGGGCCCUAGGCUGGGUCGUUAUUCCGAGGGAUAUGACCCGCUGCCAUUGGGCAAUCCUGUCAACGCGUGUAUGGGUCUGUUUGUGCUCUGGUGGGGCUGGUUGGCCUUCAACUCGGGCAGCACCUAUGGCGUUAGUGGGGCAAAGUGGCAGUACGCGGCCCGAGCCGCCGUUAUGACCAUGAUGGGAUCUUUCGGAGGCGGGUUCACCAGCUCCAUCUAUUCGUUUUGGCGCCAUGGAGGCGGCAUGGACAUCAUGGAUCUGAUCAAUGGAGUGCUCGGCUCCCUGGUGUCCAUAACGGCCGGCUGUUUCUUGUACCGCGCCUGGGAAGCCCUCGUAAUCGGAGCCAUUGGCUCGCUGUUCUGCGUGCUGGCCAUGCCGCUUUUUGAUCGCAUGGGCGUGGAUGACCCCGUGGGAGCGAGUGCGGUGCACGGAGUUUGCGGCAUCUGGGGCGUAAUAGCCGUGGGACUGUUUGCGGAUAAUCCCGUUCCCCUGGACACGACCAACGGACGCAGUGGUCUAUUCAAGGGCGGCGACUGGUAUCUGCUGGGCAUUCAAACGCUCUCGGCGUUCUGCUUGGUCUGUUGGGGCGUCUGCUCCACCUUUCUGCUACUGUAUGUGAUCAACAAGAUUAUACCCAUUCGCAUGGAUCCACACGAGGAGCUGCUAGGCGCCGAUCUAACCGAGCACCGAAUUCGGCACUCUCAAAUCGGUUUAUCGCGAGCCAUCUCAGCUUUGGCGCCCAUUAAGGUGGAUCUUAAGGAAAUCGCCGGCAUCCAGCCCAUCGGCAUCAAUCCUGGCCACGAGCGCAGCAUAGAUCAGCUGCGAGCGGCAGAGGACAAAUUGCAGCAGUGGCAAUCCUACCUGGAGCAGGUGAGUGGUCCGCGAGCCAACCUAAAAGUGGACGCCGGGCAGUCGCCCUCCGACAUAAACUUCAAGUCCAAGACGGCAGGCAACGUCUUCAACCGCCGAAUCCCUGCCCGGAGGAGCAUCAGUGGUGGCCUGUACAGAUCCAACAACAGCGAGUUACCGGUGGUAGGUUCUGUGAACCUACCUCAAAAGCCGGAAAAGGAUCCCAACUUUGCCUGGGUUGAUUAG